UCGGAAAUCCGGUUAUCUUAAUGUUGCUGCUGGGACACUAAUGCUGCUGCCAUAACGCUAAUAUAGUUAGCUGCGUGUUCACAUUUUCUAAUUAAUCUAAAAUAUGUGCCAGUUACUACGCAGGAUUUGAGCCAUACCGAUAGUUUGCUACACCUUCUCCACAAAACUACCUCGGAUCAAUCGUAUAGUUACAAACCAUGAGUUCCAACAACGUUUCCCUGUCAAAAGCUGAAUUGGUGGCAGCCAUCGGUGUGACUGCAGGAGCUACAGCUGCGGGCAUCCUCCUCUUCCAGUACCUCUCCAAGGGGACAGGGGUCAAGCCCAAGGUCAACCUGGACCUGCAGAAAGACGACCCCAAAGUGGUGCAUGCUUUUGACAUCGAAGAUCUCGGGGACAAGGCGGUAUACUGCAGGUGUUGGAGGAUACCGUUUCCCUACUGCGACGGCGCUCAUGCUAAACAUAACGAGGAGACUGGGGACAACGUCGGUCCCCUCAUCAUGAAGAGAAAGGAGGCCUGAACAAUCAUCCAUCCAUCCAUUUGAUUCCCAUGACUGCCGCUGCUAACAUACGGACGCCAACAAGUGCUCUUCACCACAGAAAGGAUGGUAGAGGUUUGACUCGACACGUGUACACUUAGUAUUUACUCCAGAAUUGAACGGUAAACACUCUGUGUUAAUAAGCAAAUAAUCACUUUUUUGGUUGUAAUUUAUUGAUUGAUCGAAGCAACACUUAUCACAGGACCAAACAGUUAUAAAAUAUUGUUGAAAUGAGUUGUAAUAAUAUCUAGAAUGAUGUUAGAUAAUUUCAGUGUGAUUAUUCGAGGAAACGGGGGCUGUGGAAGGACUGUAAAAAUAAAGUGCAGGGCUGGUUGUAUUUAUUUCAUUGAGCUUUGGUCUCUGUACGUUAGGUGAUUUUCAGAAUGCAAAAGACUUGCUUGUAUGUUUGAUCAAUGUCUGCCUUCCCAAUUGUUUUGUUUUUAGUUUUGAUACCAUAGAGAUGUAAAGCCAUAAUCAACGUUGUAUCUGUUCCAUUAUGGUGUAUGUGAACACACGGGCAGCGCCAUUGAGGCCAUCUCCAUUUUGAAGUAGUUAAUUCUCUUCUUCUACUACUUCUAUGAGUUGGUAAACAAACUGAAAGGGUGUAUACUCCCAUCUGGAGUGAUGGAGUGUUUACUCCUGAGUAUAAUUCAUUGGUUGACUCUUCCUCAUGACUUGGAUGGAAUUAUGUGAUCCUUCCUUAACCCAUAGGAAGUCGACUACUUCAAAAUGGUGAAAGUCCUCAAUGGCGCUGCCCAUGCUAAAACAGGCUUUUGGGAUACCAGAGUCCUCUAUCAUUCUCUAUGGUUGAUACUCGGGGAGUUUUUCCUGACCACGGGACCUGAUCAGGGAUAUCUCUGGACCUUUUGAUUGAAAACCAUAACUAGGUACUUUACAUAGUUAUAGUCCAUAAAACCAUAACUAGGGCCCAGAGUUUUCCCAUGCUCAGGUCAUGUGGUUAGGAAAAACGUCUGGUUCUACUGAAGCGUUGUCAAGGAAACGGUGAGGUUUGAUUUGAUCGUUUUGAUUCAACUUGUGAAAUCAAGUUGUGUAAAUGGUGUCAAUUUUCAAUGGAUUUUUUGGGGAGAUAAAGGUUCUGCAGGUUUCUUAGUUGGAGAUGAAUUCAUCGGGAAGGAUUGCUUCGUUGCCCUAAGUUUGUUAACGGUGAAGCAACAAGUCUAAACUUGUUCUAUACUACAUACCAAUUGGAUUCCUGGGCUGUGUUCAGUAGGCAAGAAACAUUUGUGGAAUGUAGUGAAACGAGGAGGUAGCCGACUCGAACAUGAUAAAUACUCGGGUUUUUGUUUUUGAAAAAGGUUUUUGCUACGGUUUACCCUAUGGAUCACAGCCCUGUACUAAACCUGUUUUAGUAGCUGGAUCUGAACUUUUCAUGCAGCACUUCUGCCAUGCAGCUUAUUCAUUCACACCCAAGGGGUGCACAUUUAGUUUUUUUGCCCUAGCAUUGCACAGCUGAAUUAAAUAAUGAAUUUAACAAUCAAGCUUAGAUUAUUUGAAUAAGCUGUGUAGUGCCAGGGUAAAAAAGUAAAUGUGCACCCCUGGGGGGGGGGGGCGGCUAAGAAUGUGUAGGUAGUGUCUACUGUCUGUGUGACCUCUGAUUUCCACAAUAUGUGAUUCCAUCCAAAUGAUUUAUCAAUAAUUUUAAAAAACAUAUCGAUGUUCAUCUAGUGCUAGACAGUGUGUUAUCUCCAAAUGCUGUGAGCCAGUUCACACCCAAAGUAAAUGUAUUAGAUUGAACCUUACAAUUAAAAAUCAAUGAAAGGGAUUUAAUGGAAGGAAUAUGAAAUGUGAACAUGAAGCAUAUGUCCUCUCCCCGAAAGGUGUGCUCAUUCAGAACUUCGUCUCUGGCUGAUGUGUAGGCAGGGUAGCCUAGUGGUUAGAGCGUUGGACUAGUAACCGGAAGGUUGCGAGUUCAAACCCCCCAAGCUGACAAGGUACAAAUCUGUCUUUCUGCCCCUGAACAGGCAGUUAACCCACUGUUCCCAGGCCGUCAUUGUCUAGUUAAAUAAAGGUAUAAUUGUAAAUAAGAAUUUGUUCUUAACUGACUUGCCUAGUUAAAAAUACAAAUCCUGCCUAAUCUCACAAAAAUAAAAAAUAAAUAGGUGAUGCAGUCCUGGAUCAAAUCCAUUCAAAUGUGCUACACUUGAUUAGGUCGGCCUUGGUAGCCUACAGUCAUUACAAUGGAAAUAGUCUUGCCCUGACAACCACUUUCAAAACCAAGGACAGCAACAAUAUCUUUUGACUUAUGAUUUUAAACUUAUUGAUUCACUUUUAAAUGUCUAUUUCUGUGUGAUUGUGGGCAUGGCAUGCAUGGGUAAAUCUCAACACUGUCUUUUUAUUUAAUUUAUUAUUAUUAUUUUUACUGUUGGUGCAAGUUGAAAUAUAAUUAAUGGUUAAUGAUAACUACAGAUGGAGUUAAUUCAAGGGUUUCUAUAUCCAGCCCUUAAUGGUGCCCCUCUUAGAUUAAUUUAGAUAAGAUAACCAAAUAUUUUAAUUUUAUUUAACCUUUUAUUUAAUUAACUAGACAAGUCCAGUUAAGGACAGGAUUCUUAUUUACAAUGACCGCCUACUGGGGAACGGCAGAUGUAUUUUACCUUGUCAGCUCGGGGAUUCGAUCGAGCAACCUUUCGGUUACUGGCCCAAAGCUCUAACCAUUAGGCUACCUAAGUCGGAUCAAUGAAUUAUUCUAGUAAUUCAUCAGUAGAUGAUCUUGAAUAUUAAUUAGCCAAAAGUCACAACGUCGUUGCGUUGUCGACAAGGAACCUGCAAGUAAGCAUUUCGCUGGACAAUGUCUACCAUGCAUAUCCCGUACAUAUGACUCGUACAACUUGAAACUUGAAUUAAAGGGUAACUACACUCAAAAAUCUAAAUGCCUUAUAUUUUUUUGCCCAGACCUCAAAUGUGGUCUGCUGAUGUGGUUUAAGCAUUGUUUUUUUCUGUAUUUCUAUUGACAAAGUGUGACUUUGAGUGUGAAAAUCUGAUUUUUUUUCAGGGGGGGGGGGAUCAGAAACCUAUGAAUUUCUGACUCAGUUGACAGGGUCAUUUAUCUAUUAUUUCAGUAGUAGGUUUACUGUUAGCCUACUGCACAGUACAGCUUGGGUUGGCCUGACUGAAAGACCAACAUGGCAUUGAUCAUUUUAGGUCAUCGGAGUGUGUGUCUCCACUUCAAUAAGCCUCCAGUCAUAACCAACCAAUCAGUAAAGAAAAUGACAUCUAAAUGAUAAUGACAUCUAAAUGAUAAUGACAUCUAAAUGAUAAUGACAUCUAAAUGAUAAUGACAUUACCCAUCUUAUUUUUAGACGCAGUCUCCGUAAAGACCCAGUGCAAUAAACAUGACAUUUUUCCUGUGUUUUAUAUCAUAUCGUACAGCAGCUGAUGAAACUACACAGUAAAAGUAUGACAACGUA